CUCUCAGGCUGGCUAGCUCGCUCUCUCUCUCUCUCUCUCUCUCUCUCUCUCUCUCCCCCCCUCCUCUCUCUCCUCUCUCUCCUUUCUCUCCGCCUCCUCUGCUCUUGGGCUAGAAUAUCUAUGGGUCGAUACGUGAUGCGAUGAAUCCGAGAGAGACCAGAGAGACCAAAACUAGGACGAGGAGUGGGGCGGAAGCGGUGGGACUCCUGGGCAUGGGGGCUUCACCACAAUAGAGGCAGCGCCCCCACCCGCCCCCGCCAGCUCCUCCGGAGCGGAGCCCCCAAACCCCCUAGGGAAAAGGAUGGCGGCGGCACCUACCCAGAUCGAAGCCGAGCUGUAUUACCUGAUCGCUAGAUUCUUGCAGUCCGGACCCUGCAACAAAUCCGCUCAGGUGCUAGUGCAGGAGCUCGAGGAGCAUCAGUUGAUUCCGCGCCGCUUGGACUGGGAGGGAAAAGAGCACCGAAGAAGCUUCGAGGAUCUGGUGGCAGCCAAUGCACACAUUCCUCCAGACUACCUCCUUAAAAUUUGUGAGCGGAUUGGUCCCUUACUAGAUAAGGAGAUCCCUCAGAGUGUUCCUGGGGUACAGACAUUACUAGGUGUUGGUCGGCAGUCUCUGUUACGGGAUGCCAAAGACUGUAAGAGUACACUAUGGAAUGGGUCUGCUUUUGCAGCUCUACAUAGAGGCAGACCUCCAGAACUACCUGUAAAUUAUGUGAAACCUCCAAAUGUGGUAAAUAUCACCUCUGCCAGGCAAUUAACUGGAUGCAGUCGCUUCAGCCAUAUUUUCCCUUCAUCUGCUUACCAGCACAUUAAGAUGCAUAAGAGAAUUCUGGGGCACUUGUCAUCUGUCUACUGUGUAGCAUUUGACCGAAGUGGGAGAAGAAUUUUUACAGGUUCAGAUGACUGUUUGGUGAAAAUCUGGGCAACAGAUGAUGGACGUCUCCUUGCUACACUUCGAGGGCACUCUGCUGAAAUUUCUGACAUGGCUGUUAACUAUGAAAACACUCUUAUUGCUGCAGGCAGCUGUGAUAAGGUUGUAAGAGUGUGGUGUCUUCGAACUUGUGCACCAGUUGCAGUCCUUCAGGGACAUUCAGCUUCUAUUACUUCCAUACAGUUUUGUCCAUCAACUAAAGGCACAACCAGAUACCUCACUUCUACUGGUGCUGAUGGAACAAUCUGUUUCUGGCAAUGGCAUGUAAAAACAAUGAAGUUUAGAGAUCGCCCAGUGAAAUUUACUGAGAGAUCCAGACCUGGAGUUCAGAUAUCUUGUUCAUCUUUCAGUUCUGGUGGUAUGUUCAUUACAACAGGUAGCACUGACCAUGUGAUUAGAAUAUAUUAUUUGGGUUCUGAGAUCCCUGAGAAAAUUGCUGAAUUAGAAUCACAUACGAUGUUCCUGAGCAAAGCCUGCAGGUGUCCUGCAGCAGAGGACAAAGUUGUUGCUGUUCAGUUCUGUAACAAUGGAGACAGUUUAAGAUUUGUUAGUGGAAGUCGAGAUGGAACAGCAAGAAUUUGGCAAUAUCAGCAACAAGAAUGGAAGAGUAUAGUGCUAGAUAUGGCUACUAAAAUGACUGGGAAUAAUUUGCCAUCUGGAGAAGACAAGGUCACUAAACUUAAGGUGACUAUGGUGGCCUGGGAUCGCUAUGACACUACAGUUAUUACUGCAGUGAACAAUUUUCUUUUGAAAGUAUGGAAUUCUCUUACGGGGCAACUUCUUCAUACUUUAUCUGGACAUGAUGAUGAAGUAUUUGUUUUGGAAGCACAUCCAUUUGAUCAAAGGAUCAUACUUUCAGCGGGUCAUGAUGGGAACAUUUUUAUUUGGGACCUUGACCGGGGAACCAAAAUUCGGAAUUAUUUUAACAUGAUUGAAGGCCAAGGCCAUGGUGCAGUGUUUGAUUGUAAAUUUUCACCAGAUGGAAACCAUUUUGCCUGCACAGACUCUCAUGGGCAUUUGCUGCUUUUUGGUUUUGGAUGCAGUAAAUACUAUGAAAAGAUUCCAGAUCAGAUGUUCUUCCACACGGAUUAUCGACCUCUUAUCCGUGAUGCCAACAACUAUGUACUGGAUGAACAAACCCAACAAGCUCCUCACCUCAUGCCUCCCCCAUUCUUGGUGGAUGUUGAUGGCAAUCCUCAUCCUACAAAAUUCCAAAGACUAGUACCAGGACGGGAAAAUUGUAAAGAUGAACAACUUAUACCACAGCUGGGAUAUGUGGCUAAUGGUGAUGGUGAGGUGGUAGAACAAGUAAUUGGGCAACAAACCAAUGACCAAGAUGAAAGCAUUCUUGAUGGAAUAAUCAGGGAGCUACAGAGAGAACAAGAUCUUAGACUAAUUAACGAAGGAGAUGUUCCACAUUUUCCAAUUAAUAGAUCAUAUUCUGCUAAUGGUGCUUUGAGAAGUCCAAAUAUGGACAUAUCUUCAUCACCAAAUAUUGGGCUUCGACGUAGUGGUCACAUUGAAGGUGUCCGACAAAUGCAUAACAAUGCUCCCCGGAGCCAGAUGGCCACUGAAAGAGAUCUCAUGGCAUGGAGCAGAAGAGUGGUGGUCAAUGAAUUAAAUAGUGGAGUUAGUAGGGUUCAGGAAGAAUGUCGAACUGCAAAAGGUGACAUAGAAAUCAGUCUUUAUACAGUCGAAAAGAAGAAAAAGCCAUCUUAUCCUACCCAAAGGAAUGAUUAUCAGCCUAGCUGUGGGCGGUCUUUACGAAGGACACAGCGCAAGCGUCAGCAUACUUACCAAACACGGUCCACCAUAGAGCAUAAAUCACAAGCAUCGUGUCAAAAUUCAGGUGUACAGGAAGACUCAGACAGCUCCUCUGAGGAAGAUGAAACAAUUGGCACAAGUGAUGCUUCUGUAGAGGAUCCUGUUAUUGAAUGGCAAAGUGAAAGUUCUUCCAGUGAUUCAUCAAGUGAAUAUUCUGAUUGGACAGCAGAUGCUGGAAUAAAUUUGCAACCUCCAAAAAGACAAACCAGACAGGCAACACGGAAAAUAUGCAGCAGCUCUGAAGAGGAGAAUUUGAAGUCAUUAGAAGAAAGGCAAAAGAAACCUAAACAAACUAGAAAGAAGAAAGGAGGACUGCUUUCUAUGGCAGGUGAACCCAAUGAAGAAUGGUUUGCCCCUCAGUGGAUUUUGGAUACCAUACCACGACGUUCCCCAUUUGUCCCACAGAUGGGAGAUGAGCUUAUCUAUUUCAGGCAAGGACAUGAAGCUUAUGUGCGGGCUGUAAGAAAGUCAAAAAUAUACAGCCUUAAUUUACAAAAACAGCCAUGGAAUAAAAUGGAUCUCAGGGAACAAGAAUUUGUUAAGAUUGUAGGAAUCAAAUAUGAGGUUGGACCACCUACACUAUGUUGCUUGAAGCUUGCGUUUCUGGACCCCAUUUCAGGCAAAAUGACUGGAGAAUCUUUUUCCAUUAAGUAUCAUGACAUGCCAGAUGUCAUUGACUUCCUUGUGCUACAUCAGUUUUAUAAUGAAGCCAAAGAAAGGAACUGGCAGAUAGGUGAUAGAUUCCGCAGUAUAAUAGAUGACGCCUGGUGGUUUGGAACUGUGGAGAGUCAGCAGCCUUUUCAACCAGAGUAUCCUGAUAGUUCUUUCCAAUGUUACAGUGUUCACUGGGACAAUAAUGAGAGAGAAAAGAUGAGCCCCUGGGAUAUGGAGCCAAUUCCAGAAGGAACUGCCUUUCCAGAUGAAGUUGGUGCUGGUGUUCCUGUGUCCCAGGAGGAACUGACUGCUUUGCUAUACAAACCCCAGGAAGGAGAGUGGGGGGCUCAUUCCAGAGAUGAGGAAUGUGAACGGGUUAUUCAGGGCAUCAACCACCUUCUUUCCCUGGAUUUUGCCAGCCCUUUUGCUGUUCCAGUGGAUCUCAGUGCCUAUCCCUUGUAUUGUACUGUAGUUGCUUAUCCAACUGACCUCAACACCAUUAGGCGGAGACUUGAAAAUCGCUUUUACAGGAGAAUAUCAGCAUUAAUGUGGGAGGUGCGCUACAUUGAGCAUAAUGCCAGGACUUUUAAUGAGCCAGACAGUCCUAUAGUUAAAGCAGCCAAAAUUGUAACUGAUGUCUUACUUCGAUUUAUUGGGGAUCAGAGCUGUACUGAUAUACUGGAUACUUAUAAUAAAGUUAAAGCAGAAGAACUAAACAGUACUGAUGCAGAGGAGGAUACAGAAUUGGUUGAUUUAGAUUCAGAUGGUCCUGGUACUUCAUCUGGAAGAAGGGUCAAAUGCCGAGGCAGAAGACAGUCUUUAAAGUGUAAUCCUGAUGCUUGGAGAAAACAAUGCAAAGAACUGUUGAGCCUCAUUUAUGAACGUGAAGACUCAGAGCCAUUUCGACAGCCAGCUGAUCAUCUUUCUUAUCCAGGCCAUCAAGAGCAAGAGGGAGAAUCCUCAGAGUCAGUUGUCCCAGAAAGACAAGAUCCAUCUCUUUCUGAGGAUUAUCCAAAUGUUAUAGACACUCCUAUGGACUUCAGCACUGUGAAAGAAACUUUGGAAGCAGGAAAUUACAGUAGUCCUCUGGAAUUUUAUAAGGAUGUUCGCCAAAUAUUCAGCAACUCCAAAGCUUAUACCUCUAAUAAAAAGUCAAGGAUCUAUAGCAUGACACUGCGAUUAUCUGCCUUAUUUGAAAAUCAUAUUAAAAAUAUCAUCUCUGAAUAUAAGUCAGGAAUGCAGAGUCAGAAGAGGAGAAGGCCACGAUACAGAAAACGUCUAAGAAGCAGCAGCAGUUCAUUAUCUAGUAGCAGAGCUCCUAGUCCCAAAGGGAAGCAGAAACAAAUGAAGUUGCAGCCUAAAAUUGACCAGAAUACCUCAGUGUCUUAUGCAAGGACUAGCUCUCCUUUCUCGUCUCCCGUUUCAGAUGCUGCUGAAGGCCUUUCAUUAUAUUUACUUGAUGAUGAACUGGAUGGGCCAUUUUCUUCAUCGAGCUUCAGUGGAUAUAGCCGAAGUGGAAAUAGCCAUGACCCAGGGAAAGCCAAAUCAUUUCGGAAUAGAGUUUUACCAAUUAAACAAGAUCACUCCCUUGAUGGACCCCUUACAAAUGGUGAUGGCAGAGAACCUCGGACAGGAAUCAAAAGAAAACUACUUAGUGCAUCAGAAGAAGAUGAAAGCAUGGGAAGAGAAGAGAAAGAGAAAAAAGAAACAAAAGAGAAAUCACAUUUGUCCUCCUCAGAGAGUGGAGAGUUAGGAUCCAGUUUAAGUUCUGAAAGUACCUGUGGUUCUGAUUCUGAUUCUGAAUCAACUUCCAGAACAGAUCAAGAUUACGUAGAUGGAGACCAUGACUAUAGCAAAUUCAUACAAACCAGGCCUAAAAGAAAACUCAGAAAGCAAUAUGCCAAUGGAAAAAGAAACUGGAAGACAAGAGGCACAGGAGGAAGGGGCAGAUGGGGCAGAUGGGGUAGAUGGAGUAGAGGAGGCCGAGGAAGAGGAGGCAGGGGACGAGGAGGUCGAGGAAGAGGUGCAGGUGCCACUAGAGGGAGAGGGAGAGGGAGAGGAGGAAGAGGUGCUUCUAGAGGAGCCACCAGAGCCAAACGUGCACGUAUUGCAGAUGAUGAAUUUGAUACCAUGUUUUCAGGACGUUUCAGUAGACUGCCUCGAAUCAAAACAAGAAACCAAGGCAGGAGGACUGUUUUAUAUAAUGAUGAUUCUGAUAAUGACAAUUUUGUGUCCACUGAAGAUCCUCUGAAUCUUGGUACAUCCAGAUCAGGCAGAGUGCGUAAAAUGACAGAAAAAGCCAGGGUUAGCCAUCUCAUGGGAUGGAAUUAUUAACAGUUAAUAAAUUUAGAGUAAUUUAAAAAAACUCAAUGGCCUUCUACUGCAGGGAAUUUACUAGGAAAUCUACAAAGCAAGUUGUGUGGGGACUUCUGCUUCCUUUCACAUUGGUGCUUUUCCAUUAUGCCAGUAUACAUUUGUUUCAAGACUUUUGAUCUCCACACUUCAUUUGUUCAAACAAGCCUUACUCAUUAGGCCUUAAAUUAAAAAAAAAAAUUCUGCCCACAUAUAGACACACACACACAACACAUCACAAACACACUACAGAUUUACUACAUUAAAGGAGCAUUCAGCUUCUUAAGAGUAGCAUGACAUUUUUAUCUCAAUUGAAUAUCCCUCUUUUGCUUUUGUAUCACAGAAGUAUAGCACCUUCUUACAGAGUUUUAUAUAGUUUGUUUUUGCCAUUUUAAUUCUUGUACCCAGUAAUAAUAACUUUUGCACAAUACACCAAUCCUAUAGGCAGCUAUUAAAUGUUUACAGUUUCUAUAUUGUAAGAACGAUCUGGAUUAUUUUACUCUUCCCAGGCCAAACUUUCAUGAAUUGUACUGAACUGAAGUAUAUAUUUAUACUACAGUUUUUUGGGGGUGGGGGGGAUCUUGAUAUGCUUUUCAUUGAUUUGCUUAAUUCAUGUUAAAGGUGAGAAAGGGUUGGUGCCUUGUAAAUAUGUAGCAAAUCUUUGUGGUGUGUCCUGAUGUUUGCAUUAACUUUAUUAAAAAAGAAUAUUUGAGGUAUCAAUCUAGACAAGGUGCCAAAUGCAAAAGUUUCUUGCAUCCAUUUUCUUUUUCCUAUUAUAUUUUAUUGCAUUAAUAGAACUUGUGUAGUUUAAAGAAUAACUUAAACAUUUGAAAAAAUCCUCAUCCACAAAGAAUAAUUUCUUUGAAUAGUAGCUCAGCUACCUCUAUUAACUACAACUACUGGAAACGUUAAGGAAAAUAGAUGCUGUUAUUCAUUACUAACUAAAAAAAUAGAACAAGCUUGGUAGGAAUGAAUACUCAUAUGUUAUAAGCUGAGAGGUUGUUAAUAAUUGUAUUGGUUCUCAAAUUAAUAGUUGUAAUUAACAAACUUUCAUAAGUGUAGUAUGCUGUACCUUAGGCUUUUUUUAGUACAUACUUGUGUAAGUAGACUUGGUCUACUGCUUAUGUAUCUCUGCUACCACUUGCUAUUUACAGCUGUGAGUGAUUGGUUUUCAUUUGAAUUUUAAAAUGUAACAAAACAGCUAGUUUGAAUUGGAAUGUUUUGGCUAGCAAAUAUUUUGAGGCAACUUUAAUAGGUUUUGCUCAUACCAUUCCAAAGGGUUCUUCUGUUAUAUUCUUUUAGAAAAGAACCUCAUUUCACUGCACAUUGAUAUUCAAGUCAUUAUUUUAUAGAUUAAAAAAAUCUUUAAAACCCUUAUGGUCUUGUUUACAGCAGUAGAGUGCACAUGAUUCCAUAAAUGAGCUUGAGUUCCAAGAUGAAUUUUAAUCCUCAAAUUUGAGAAAUUGCAGAUUCACUAAUUUGUUAAGGUGAGUGGGAUAAUAUUAAUCUCUGUUACUGUAACAGCAGAUUUGUUGCACUUAGAUCAGACUUUGGAGAUUAAAAAAAAAAAAAAACAACAAACUUCAUGUAUGCCUAGUAAUCCCAGGAUAUUUCUUAAACUAAUGUGUUUGUUUCAUGUUUCCAAUCAUUUUGUGCAUCUGAAAAUCCUUAAGUGCAAAGGAAGGAGUACACACAUAACUUUGCUCUUUUUGUUUGGAUCAGGUGGGGGUUGGUCCUGUACUAACUUUAAGCAAUUUUCACUUGCAGUAGAAAUGAUGUUCAGGCUUUAAGAAAGUAUUGUUGUGAAUUGUUAAUGGCACUAACUUCUGUUACUGAACAGUAGAUCAAGCUGAUUUUUUUGUUGUUGUUGUAGUGUUGUUGUUGUUGUUGUUUUUCACUAAACCAAAACUACUGCUGGUUAAACUCAGCUGACACUUUUAACCAUACUAUAGAUUCAAAAACAUUCACAUUUGAAACUCUGCAUUUGAUUUUUGCUAAAAUGUACUAUUUUAAUUAUUCAUCUCAUGGUCAUUUAGACUAAAUUUGUGUCUGUGUUUUCCUAGAAUCAAUAA